AAGCUGAAUUGAAUUGUUGAUGAGAGAAGAAAAUUAAGAAUUAAACUGAACGGAAAUAAAACUAAAAUAAACAUAACAUACUUAAAAAAAGCAAGCAAAUAGAGAGAAUAAAAGGUGAAUCACGGCCUUUGACACUUGUACCCCAGGCUUUGACACUUGUAUCCCCACCUCUGCAGUCAUGCCCCCAUUCAUCUCGUGAACGUCGUGACUCAAUAAAUUAAAGCCCCACUUCUCAUCCGUUUCUCCCUCCUCCCUUUCUCAUUCAAAACAAACAAACUACAAAUUCCAACCACUGCUAUUUCUUUUUAGCUUGUUUUAAAUAUGUGCGAGUGAAGUCAAGUUGUUAGAUACAAUUCCAUCCCCUCUCACAUAAAUCAUAAUCCAUUAUUACGCUCCUUUUAAUUUCUUGCAAUUACAACCAUUCCACAAAUUAAAAAAUCACUACUCCGUAUUAUUCUUGAAUCAACAAUUACAUACUUGACAAAAUCUCACUAGACGACCAAGUCAUGGCUAAGUCUCACGUUGAACUGGACUUCUUUGGGUUACAGCCCUUGCCCCAUCCUCCUCAGCCCCAGUCUCAGCCUCAGCCUCGGCAUCGCCUUGAUCGCCGUGCAAGUUUCCGUGGAAUAGCAAAGAUAAAUCCGGAAAUAGUGAAGAAUGUGAUAGCAAGCAAGUAUGGUGCACCUGCCGCAGCUGAUUAUAAUCCUAAGUCCGCGUCUCUUCCUGGGACUCCUCGUCUUGGAUUUUCUCAACUCCCCGUCUUUCAACCUCAACCUGGGGCAGGUAGCAUGGAGAAGGCUGGAGAAACUGCCCCAAUUACCAUAUUCUAUAAUGGGACCGUUUCUGUUUUUGAUCUGCCCCACGACAAGGCAGAGCACGUAAUGAAGCUAGCAAUGGAAAAGUAUGGAAAAGUGUUGGAUGAAUCAAGUUUAAUGUCACCCAAAAUAAGUACUAAUACUGAGAAUAUACAAGGAUCACUAAGUGAGGAUGGAGAUGAUGCUGAUAUGCCUAUCAAACGUAAGAAAUCACUUCAGAGGUUCUUUGAGAAGCGCAAAGAGAGGUUGGUGUCACCAUAUGCAAACAUGGAACACAUGGUUACCGGAGUCCACCAGCAAAAGACCUAAAUUACUAUGCAAAUGUCACAGUUGAAGACAACAAUGUUGAUUACCCACGUCAAUUAUUUUGCCGUAUUGUUUUUGUUAUCUUAUUUUCCAGAAUUAACCAAACAUUAUCUUUCAAUUCCCUGUAUAAAAGUCGUCUUGCAACUUCCACCCUCUUUCUUUUUCUUAUGGGAAUUCUGCACGUGUUUAUUUUAUUUGUCGUAUAUUUAGCAUUAUUACGCAUUUCGUAUUAAGUAUUAUUUGUAUAAAAAAAAAUCUAGCUAGGUUCUAUUCUAGACCAACCAUCUAGUAUAGAAUUGACUAUAUAAUUCGUACUGUAUUUUAAUUCGUUUAGCUUAAUUAGUCAAACAAUGGAGUGGGUGCUUCCUUAUUAGCAAUAAUGAUGUCUUUAUUUAUUUGAUUGUUCA